AGUUUCACAAUUCAUUCGGAUAGAUUACAAAAAUGGAGGAUGAUCGUUGCAAUCGGAGAAGAGAAACAGACGUUAAGUUGUUGGACGUUGGCAAAGAAAAGAACAUUCUCGACAAUUUAACGAUAGAUAAAAACGUGACGGAAGAAGAGUUUGAGAAUUUUAUGCAUCGCGUAACCGAAAUCGAUAAAAUCGUGAAGAAAUUAGCGUCAUCCGAUCCGAUGGACCAGGAGCAAGGUAAAUUCAUGGCCGACGGAAUUUUGGAUGGCCAAUCAAAGAGGGAAAUGUCCGGGCUCGACGAUUUGCGCGUCAUAACAAAUCGAACUGUAAUAAAUAAAAUUGCGAAAGCCGACAACCAGCCUGAUGGUCAGGUGACCGAGAAAGGGGCAUUUAUGAGAAGCAUGGAAAAGGAUGCGAAGGAACGUGCGGAGGAUCGAAAAGUGAGGAACGAGAGAGCAGAGACGUUCAGGAGAAUAGCGAACGGGGCCUUUGAAGUGAAAAAUUACGUAAAAGCCAUAACCUACUACAGUAAAGCUUUGGAACAGCGCAAGGACUCCAUACUGCUUUGGAACAAGAGGGCCUUAACGUAUAUGGAAUUGGGCCUCUUUGACAACGCCCUGCAGGACUACGAGUGGACCUUGAGAUUGAACGAUUCGAAUCUCAUGGCUCUCUUGAACAGCGCCAAGUGUCAAGAGCGUCUGCGGAAUCGAGGAAGGAGCAAAGAAUUGAUCGAAUUGGCCAAGAAGAGAAAUCCGAAUAAACUGAAAGCUAUCGAAAAGUUCGGGAUGGAGCUGAUUGGCAAGUCUGUCGAGUCUGAGGGGUAGAGCUGUGACGUCAGAAUGACCUGAGGUCCAUCUUCGUGGCGCGGGAUUCCUUGACUUCUGAGAGCGAUCGAGGCUCGUGAAGGAAGACCGCACAUUCGAUUCCCUGGUAUCAAAUUUGUUCAUUUGAAGAUGUUAGAUUGGAAGAUGCUCAAUAAAUACGAAGGUGACAGCGA